GCGAACACCGAGCGGCACCACCACCACUCGAGUUGGUCGUCGCGGUGAGAAGUCCAUGUGCGUUCGACGUCGUCCCGCGAGACGACGACGCCGUUGUUAAGAAGAAUUAUAGACGCGUACGAAAAGGAAAAAGAAAAAGAGAGAAAUAAAAAUAAAAACAAGAGUAAAACUAUAGACGAAUACAAAACAAACCUAUUAUUACAUUUAUCUUUUAUUUUUUAUUUUCACAAACGUCUUCGUUUUAUUUUUCGUUCGUUGCUAAACCUUCAUUUUAAAUCAUUGAGAUGAUAGAAAAGAUUAAAUAAAAUAAAGAAGAGAUAAUAAACGGGUGUAGAAGUGUAUCGUUAAGUUUAAAAUAAAAAAUAAAGAAAAGAAUAAAAGUAAGAAAAAGUAUAAAAGAUUAAUUAUUUGAUAUUAUUAAGAGAAGGGUUGAACAAGGAUGACGCGCGAGUCUUCAAGCGCGAGUCGCAAAACGCGCGACUCUAACGGAGUCAAUCACGCGCGAGAACGAGACGAGAAAGAUCGGCGAUUUGUAUCUACGUUUUGUUUUUUACCAAUAAUGAUGAUUUUUCUUCAAGUUUUUUUGUAAAAAUAUAAAACGUACGAAUCCUUUAUUAGGUCACGAUCGUCAUUUGUCAACGGAUGUUGAGAGAGGAACAAACAUUGGUGCAGAAAUUCUUUUCGGAUACUUUAGUCAACCAAUCAUCGAAGAAGUGUUGAUUGAUUGGUCCUCGAUUGGUUCACCUUCGAUCUCGUAGCCAUUUUUAUCGCUUUUCGUCGACGUCGUUGAUUUGAACGUGAUAUUUAUAACGCGCCAGUUUUAUUUCUUCCCACGGAAAAAAAGGGAAUUGUGUAAGGUAAAGAAAUAUUACUCGAAAUGUAAUCGAAAAGUUUUCUUCUUGUUCGAGAUAAUUUUAAGACUAUCUCGUUUUUUAACGACGAAGAAAAAAAGGGAAAGUCUAGUCCGGUACUUUAACAAUUUUUAUCGUCGAUCGUUUCGCAAAGAGAAGGGUGAUAAAGUUCGAAACACGAGUGAUUGGUACACUUUGAUGAUGGUGAUAUUCUCUUGAACGAGAUUAUAGGAUGAGAGUGGAAAUAAACAGAGGUACGAGUGAGUGAGAUCAAGAUUGUGAAGUUUUUAAAUUGCUAAGAGUAUUUAUCAGGAUACUGUGAUCUAACUCGAAGGCAACUUUAAAUCUGACGAACCAAAAUUGGUGCCAUUUUAUUGGUGACGGUGGACAACGUUAAAGGUGUUAUCAUAGGUGAUUCGGGUAAUGAGAAAGUGUGGAAAAUGGUGUGUCGUUGGCUCACCGUUCCGUUGCUCUCUGGUUUUUUGAUCUUCAUUGAAGUAAUUGCAGUUGGCCAAGGUACUUUUGCUCGCGAUCAAAAACUUGUUGAAAGUGUCACGGGGAAUCAUAACAUCAGUGGUGCACCGAGUUUUGAUCUGAACGUUCCACGGAACGUGACAACGGCCGUAGGGCAAACUGCCUUUCUUCAUUGUCGAGUACAUCAUAUGGGCGACAAGGAGGUAUCCUGGAUGCGGAAGAGGGAUAUGCAUAUCCUUAGCGCCGGAAUCCUUAUGUAUACUUCAGAUCUGAGGUUCCAAGUGAUCCAUCCGGACAAGUCUGAAAACUGGACGUUACAGAUCAAGUCACCUCAAGAACGAGAUUCCGGGGUUUACGAGUGCCAGGUUAGCACCGAACCAAAGAUGUCGUUGAAUUAUACUCUAAACGUCAUCGAAGCACGUGCCAGGAUAAACGGAACAUCGGAUAUUUACGUUAAAACUGGGAGUCUCUUGACACUGACCUGUCUGAUGUCCCAAGGUCCUCACCAUUUGGGAACGGUUGCUUGGUAUCGUGGCAACCAAGAAGUUGUUACGUCUCCACGAUCAGAAAAUGACGUUAAUGCGGAACCACGUAUUUCCGUCGAAACGGAAUGGAGUGACGCUCUUACAUCAAGAUUGAGGAUCACUCAAGCGAAAUUGAGCGACUCGGGGAACUACAGUUGCGUACCAACCUUUGCGAAAAAAGCAAGCGUUACCGUUCACGUUAUCAAUGGAGAGCAUCCAGCAGCGAUGCAGCACGGUAACACAGCUGCGGGUUCACCAACGUCGAAAACCGUUCUCCUUUUGCUCGCAUUUUUCUUAGGCAGACUGAGAUAAUGUGCGGGCGCAUAAAUUUUGACAAGUCAGACGAUAAAAGGCCUGAAGAAAAUAAAACGGAAUCAUUGGGACUCGAUGAUCUUUCGUUACUUCUGCAAACAAAACCGAUUUUCAAAAAUUUGCUAGACGCGAGUUACGAACGAUCUUCUUUCCAAUUCGCACCAAAUUCGUCGUUCGAGUUAUUAAAUCCCUAUCAAGAGCUUCAUAAAAAGAGAGAACUGGGAAAGAAGGUUCUUAUCAAUUUUAAGUGGACAUAAAAAUAAUGCGAGGAAUACGACGGAUCAACAAACAAAGAAAAAAGUAAAAAAUAGUGAAGGUUGGCUAGAAAAUACGAGACUACCAAAUGUGCCGGUUUAUCUUUAAUCGAUUAUCAUCAAUCGAGAGGAGGUCAAAGUUUAAAGAGAAGGAAAGAGAAAAGUUUAUUCGAUGAAAUCGCGAUAGUACUCCGUGGGACGUUAGUUUCUCAACAAUAAACGCAAUUUAUAUUCGUUCGCGUUCCUCCUCCCCCUUCUCGUCCACUUAACGACGAACUCAUAAAUUAUUUCUCCGCGAACCAGGAUUUUAAUUUCGUCGGCGAUGAAUUGCGUACACGCUCGUUUUGCGUAUAUAUGCGGGGAUGUUAUAUAUAUGCAAUAUUCUCAUACGUGAAAAAAAAAAUACAGGAAUGUAAAAACACAGACACGCACAUGCAUAUACACCAAAUAUAGAAAGAUAUGUAGUAGAAGCAAAGAGAUAUACGUUUGCGAGAAAACGUGAAGAUCGAUCAAAAGAAAACACACAUAAUAUUAUAAUGAUGGCUAACGCGGGUUCUCCGUUAUCGUAAGAGAGAGAGAGAGAGAGAGAGAGAGAGAGAGAGAGGGAGAGAGAACUCUACGCAAAACUAUAAAUCAGAAAAGUGCAUAAUAUAGUGUCGCAUGCGCAAACUCAUAAAUCAGAUUAAGCCGUGCAUGUAGUCCACACACCACGCAAGUAAGAAGGAAACGUUUGUUACGUAGGAUUAUCGAUUCGCGCGUUCCUUGCUCUACUUGAAAAUCGGAACGGUUUUUCUCCUUCUCCAUUGUUUUCUUUUCCUUUCUUCUUUUUUUUUAUCUUUUUAUUUUCUUUCCAUCUUCAUUUUUCUUACUUUCUCUAUCUUCUUUCCGUGCUUUAAGAAGAAACGUUCUCUUUUCACACGGAGAAUUCGGUAAGAUCGAACGAUGACGAGGACGAUUACGUUUUCCUUCCAAAUUUAAAGGAAAAAAAAAAGUAGAGAAAGAAGAAUGAGAAGAAGAAGACGAAAAUAUACGAUGGCGCAAGUUUGUAAAAAGAUAUCUUGAAAAAUCUAUUAGAAGACGAAAUUCUUGACUUGAUAAAGUGAACCAAACCUUUUUUUGUUCUUCUUUAUUUGCGAAAAACACAACGUGUUCUGUGUAAAGGCAUCGACGUUGUGAAUUCCGUUCGUCUCGAAUGAACAAAUUCGUGUUUCGAAUGGAUCCAGGAAAGAAAAAUAAAAUAAAAAUAAAAUCGAGAAUGAAAUAGAAGAAAAUAGGAAAAGGGUUAGACCGAUGUAGAUAUAUAUAUAUAUAUAUAUAUAUCGAUGUAAUGGCAUGAUAUUUUUAUUACGGAUGAAAAUUCUAGAUGUGCGAGAAAACUUUCGAAAUUUUAAUGCGACCGAACUGAAUCGCGAAUCAUUUCGAGGAAGAAAAUUGGAACGCGACGGUUGUCAAUAAAUUUAUAAGCAUUUCGAUAUUGGAGAGUCGUACUCGUAUAUUUUCUGCGUGUGUAAGUACGUAUAUCUAUAUGAAUAUAUGUGUAUAUAUAUAUAUACGUACAUACAUAAAACCCGAUGGAUUCCACCUGCAUAUUUUCUUCUUGCACCACCACAAUUUGAUCUUGGUGUUGGGUUCACGAAAGAAAUGGCGAUAUAAACUCUGACAUGAAGCGGUUUAAAAUGAUUUUCUGUUGGCGUACAUCUGCGCAGUUACAUGCUGAAGCGAAUAACGAAAACGGAAAAUAAAUCUUUUUUUGAAAAUAUUUGUCGUUUGAUAUCUUCCGUUAGAAGAAACUAACUUACCGUACUUACAUCGAUUCGAAAGAAAAAUCAAUUGUAUCUUUUUUUUUUUUUUUUGAACACGUAUCAAUGUUGACCCAGUUAUAAAGAACACAUCUUAUCCUUUUUCUCGAGUAUAGAUAUCAAAUUUUUAUCGAUAAUACAACAAAAUAUACAAUGAUAUCAGAGUUAUCUUUAUCGAGAGAAAUCAUAUUAUAUAUAUAUGUCCUUUUUCUAUAAGUUCAAAUUAUUAAUGUGAUACUCUUUGAUAAAUGGAAUAUUCGGAUACGAUUAAAAUAAUGAUACGUAGAAUUACGAAGACUGUAAAAGAUUGUAAUAAAUACCCAGAAAGAAUGAUUGAAAAUUAUCUGAAUGCUUUUCGCGCCAUUCAAGAAGCAUUUUUUGCAAGGGUAAAAGUUUUUUAUCCAUUAUCGUUUUCUCUCAGGAAAGCGGAAAAAGUAUAUUCGAACUUUCGAUUAAUUUUCUCCAAAGAAUAUGAUUAACGUUCUUUCGAACUGUUUUAAAGUACGCUAAGUAAUAAAUCUAGUUUCACUUGGGAUAUCUCGGCCAUAUCCUCGUAACGAAAAUGUGUUAAGAAAAAUCAUUUUCUCACGUUUGAUGGAAUACGAUAAAUAUUUGAGUGUUUCACAUUAAAAUCCUAUAACUCGUUUACUACAAACAUAUAUUUCUUUUUCUUUUUGCACAUAAAAAGAAUGAAGCUUUCAUUUGGCACUCGUGAAAUGAAAUAGACGAUUCCAUUUUAAAAAUAUAACCAAUAUUGUCGAUUGCAUAUCUUAAAAAAAACAAAAAUAAUUAUAACUAUCGAAAAUCGAUAUGAAUCUAAAGAACAUCGUGUAUAUCUACGUUACAUAUGUACCACUUAUUUAUCUUUUCACAAAUUUUAACUUAAAUUCAUACAUUUUAUUUUUAUCAAAUUAUUUUCAAUAAAUUUCUUUAUUCCAUUCAAUUUUAUUCCUAAUUUUUAAAAAUUCAAGGAUAAUAUAGAGGAUUCGAGAUAUUCAGACCUUUGUUCACAAAUUUCAAUAUCUCGAAUAAUUUCACGAUAACUAUUCGCCGAUUUAUAUUGAAACGAUGAUAUUUCUUUAAGAAAGAUUGAAUUUCGAAGGAAAAUGAUCGAGAAUUUUCAGUCUCAAUUUCUAAAAUUUUCUCUUUAAUGAAUAUACCUAUCAUAUCUUUGUGAACGAUUUUGUUAUCCUUACUGGACAUUCAUAUUAAAUAUCGAAUAAAGAUGAAAUAUAAAAUAAAACUAGAAAAAAGGGAAGAAAAGAUCAUAUCGAAAAAUUCAUCCGACCCAGACACGAAUAAGAUUUUGCUAUUACUUAUCGUUACGACUAAUAAUUACUCUUUCAAGAAUGUAAACGAAUAAAAUUAUGUUUAAGAAACGAAAAUCUUUCACAGUUAGACGUACUUUUUACGAUUUCGUAUUUUAAUAAAAAGAAGAAGAGAAACACGAGGGACGAACAAACUCGUUAAUUAAGUUUACGCUCGUUAAAGCAAAAAAAAAAACUAUCGUCUCCACGUCGAAACCAAAAACAUAGAAAUUUUAAACGAUGACUGGCUAGAAUAUUUUUAACGAGUCAUAUUCUUGACUUAAACGUUUGAUACCGAACACGAUUCGGAGAAAAUCCAAGUUCAAGGGUCGGAACGUUAAAAAAUAACUAAAAAAAAAAAAAAAAAAAA